CGGCAACCUUCCGAUUACAAGGCGAACUCCCAACUCUUGAGCCACAAACCCCCCACAUCACUUACAAUGCUGGUAAUCAGGAAAUUGUUGCGUUCGAUAAGUUUAACACAAGCUUUCACCAGAUCAUAAAUGUCAGCUGAUUUUCCCUUGCAGACUCCAAAUAAAAGGCCUUGAUUAGAUCUUUUGCUUCUGCGAGUCCGCUACGGUCCACUUGGCUCAAAGUGACUUAAAUUUCAUCAUCAGACAGUGGGUGCGAAAGUCCAUGUGGAUGCCUGCAUGUCGACCAAUUUUUUGUGACACACAGGCUUGUCUGUUUGGUUGUCGGGUCUCUACUUGCUGACCGUGUCCGAGUAUAAUGAAAGCUAAAUAUGACAUCUGCCUUUGCCAGGUGCCUUUGUUUAUCUGUUGCAUUAAGUGUUGUUUUCAAAAAAAGGGUGCAAAGAUGAUUUGAUAAAGAGCUGGAAUACUCUGGAGAAGUCCAACCCAUGUUGGCUUUUUAAGACGGACACCGAUAACUGAUGAUAUUAAACAUCCAUUAGUGUCAUAAAUUGAUUGAUUGAUGAUAUUUUUUUUCUUUCUGACGCUUGCACCAUUAAAUAAUUGUAUAAAAUUUUGUUAUGUGUAGUUAUUUAUUUACUAGUUGUGCCUGACUCAGAUGAAACGUGUGCUGACAACAGGGAAAUGUUCUCCUGUGGUCAACUCAUGCGACAUGUACAGUCCUAGCACGCUUCACGAGUGUUGCUCUCAUCUCUACUUAGAUUUUCAUGAAAUACACAUAAAAUACACAUCAGCAUUAAAUAUUAGUCAAAUUUGUUUUCAAAUAUAAGUAUCAGCACUUCUUUUAGUUAAUAUAUUUGCAUCUGAAUUAAACGUGUGAUACUCAGUUGAUUUGAAUUUGCUUAUCUGUGUUUUCAGUGCAUAAUGAUUCGUUUCAGACUUCUCAAAGGAAUAAUUAAGGUGAAAAGGCAUAAAGCAACAUGUAAAAGAAGCUUAAGGCAUAGGCAAAACAUUUACUCCUCAGUUGCUUUAGUAGUAUCAAGCUCCUCUAUGUUGGGGAGCCAAAGUUCACAGAGAGGUCAAGUUCCUGUGUUUUGUUUCCGCGCACCUCCUUUCAUUCUUUUGGUCCCUUGCUCACAUUUUGCCGUACCUGAGCUAUACAAGUGCAUCGAAUAAAAAACAGAAUGAGAAAUAAACCCAUUCACAGGGGUGAGAAAAGCGCUCUUUGUGUGAGCACGGUGAUUACUGAGACUGACUUAGCGACUGCUAAAUGCCAUUCGGUUACUGUCGUGCUUAAAGGCUGCUGCUCCUCCCCUGACUCAGCACCUCAUUUCCUCCUUCAAAUAAAUAGAAUUAAUGUUCUCAAAUCAAAUUUGGUCGGUUUCCGUGUAAAGCUUCCUGCAUGGAAACAUAACAGGAGGCGGCUCAUCGCUUCUUAAGGUAUCUUGAGACUCAGUCAGGGCGGCAUCGAAUGGCGUGGUUUUUUUUUUUUUUUGUACUUGUCAUUCACAUUUUUGUUUCCCUCUUGGCUGGAGACCUUUUCAACAGAUGUCAGCUUAGUGCUGUGAUUUAAAGCUGUGGAUGCCUCAACAUUGACUCUGCUAAGUCAAAGCACAGCUAUGUAUAUGAAAAGAAAUCAAAGAAAUCAAUAAAGCACAUUGACUGGAGCAUUAAAUUCACACACAGAUAGAAAGGUUUGCUCUAAAAAGGCCAUUGAUGGAAAAUAAGCAGAUGUGAAGUCUCGAAUGCAUUUCUGACUCGGUAGUUUGAUCCUUUUACACAUGAACUCCAAACGCUUUCACAAGUAUUCAUUCCUGAAUUCAAGCAUUAUGUAAACCAGCAACAUUUAAGUGGGCAUGUUUAGUUUUGUCACGUUACUCCUUGAUAAGAGUUGAUGUCAGUAAGUUAUGCUAAGACUUCCAGUCAGAUGUUUAUUAAAUGCCUGUGCUGGCAACUGAUUUUACUUUGCAGCACUGAUGUUUAAAGAAAACCUCUCUCACUGUAACAUCGUGCUCAGAGUAAACUGGGUCAUUUAAGAAGUUUGAUUUUGUUUGGUACGGCGUGUUCUCUCCUUAACGUGACUGUGGAGGUUUUAGUCGCAUGCGGAAAAUAGUUGACCUGCUCAAAAUUCCCCAAAUGAUUGCACUAAAUGCACUAAAGCAAUAAAACAUAUGCAGACCAGCAUCCGAUGGAAGGUUUAUGCCACAGCUGCCAUUUUUACAUUGCUGUAAUAUUUAAUGCACCAAUAUCUCCAAGUUCUUUGAAAUAAAAUUAUUUUUUUCAAUGCUAAAAUCUAAUUAUUGCUGUUAUCCAUGGAUCCAUGUACUGUUUUACAAGCAAAGAGCAGAAAAAAAAUGUAAAGAUCAUUAUUAUUGUUAUAUUAGGAUGACGUAUUACAUUUAUUUACUUACAUUCCUAAACAGAAGAAUUAGUUUUAGUGGUUGAAUGUUACACUUCAUUAAUUUCUGACUGACUCCAGUACGCUAGCUCAAAUGUGGCUAUAACAACAUGACUUCAGUUUAUUAUUUGCGUAAUAAAUUAAAUAAAAUAUCUAGUUUUACAUUUUUUAUUGAAAGAUUUCUAAAAUAUUUAAAAAAUCUAAGCCAAACUAAAUUGUUAAACUGUAUUUGUGUAUUAUAGUGAAUAAAAAGUCCUUUCCAUUAAGCGAGCUCUUUGUUUGAUGGCUGUUGUACAGUGUAAUUGUAAAAAAGUAAAUAAAAUUAAUGCCUUAGAGUUAAAGAAUAAAUGGAAAGCCUCAGUAACUCUGGGAGAAAUAAAGGAAACAGUGAUUGGGGUUAGUCGGGAUAACAAAGUGACAUGUAAUCAUGCUUUCAUAUGAUAAUUAGAACAUCUUUAAACAGUAAGUUAAUUGGUGCAGCAUAGCGAGCUUGUGUUUAGCUUAUUGAGUCAAGCACUUUAUAGCACCCAUAUACACUGUUCAGUGUUUAUUUGUUGUAAAUGAGCAGUAUUUGCCCCCCCCAUACUGCAGGCAAGGUAAUUUAGAAAAUAAAAUUAGAAUAAUAUAUGCCUUACACACCUCAUUUGUUUUAAUUUGCAGCUUAAGGACUGACCUGACUAUUUAUAGCAUGUAGUAUGAAAAAGCGGUGAUACAAGCUUUUUUUUUUCUCUUUAAGGUGGAUUAGCUGUUAUCUUAAUAAACAUGGGUGUUCUCAGCAGUGAGCAGAACCACUGUGAAGAUUUUGCUAGCCACAACUGUGCACACCUGGACUGAGAGCGUGAAAUCACAGUGCAAAGAAAUAUUUUUGCCACACAGCUGUGUUGGGGUUUUCUUUUCUUUUUUACUAGAAAGAAGGUAGAGCGAACUAAAUGUUCAUUAGGAUUCAUUUUGAUACAUUACAACUGUGCGCUGUGUCAAACAUGAUUCAUGUCCUCGUUCAUGUCAUAUUUUCCUGUCACUGUGACAGGAACUGAAAACAGCUGAUGUCUAGGAGGUAGAAAGCAGGUGGCUGUCUCAAGCUUAAUUCACAGUUUCAUCGCACACAAACAUGGCUCAAUUUGUAUUUAAAUUUUUUGGGUACAUGUCUCGCUGCUUCAUAAAUACGUUCCAUGCAAUCACAUUAAAUGAGGGCCUGAAAACUGCGGUUUGCUUGGCUGCCAGUCAUCUGUGUAACCGUCUCACUGACACAACAAAGUCCUACACUGUGUGCCCCGACACAAACACUUUAAUGCAUAUUAAUGUUAACAUCGUUGCUGCUCAAACACUGACAUGCUAAUGCUAGAAAAUAGCUACACCCAAAGGCUUUAGUUUCCAUUGAUCAAUUGUUUUUUGAAGUCUGAAUGAGGGGAAAAAACAUAUUGGGUGGCUGGUUUUUUAAAAUGAUACUUAUUAUUAUUUGGGUACUUUUUACAGCCCACACAUUUACUUUGUUGUGGAGUCUUGUUGCUUUCAUUAAUCCUAUUUUCAGCAAGCAGUAGGCAGCUGUUUUCAGGCAAAUAAUCUCUUAAAAACCCACAGUAUAUGACUUGCCCAUCCCUAAAUGAAGGAUAAAGACAAAGAUUAAAGUAAAUAUUGGCAGGGAUUAGGGAUGUCACGAUACCACGAUUUUAGUGGGUACCAAUAAUCAAUUAAAUGAAUGCGUUUCAACUGGAAACCUUUUUAUUUAAACAGGAAUGCACGUGUGUUCUGACGCAGAUCGAGGAAUAUGAAUCAGGAUUAUUUAUAUUGUAUUGAAAUCAGCCAAUCCUUUAUAUCAGACGCUACUGAAAAAGGUAUCAGAAACGACUCCACACGGUUGUGCGUAAAAAAACCAGCUGUUUCGCUGCAGUGAGUUUUGUUUUUUUUUUCUUUGAACUUUUCUGUACAGCCACCUUUGUCCUCCUGGUCGCAUGCCAGGUAUAUGUUUAUCUGUCUCUUUGUUUAAUGUGUCAGAUGUUUUGGAUCAGUCCCUGGCCGGAGUGCCAGCCGCAUGAACCGGCCAAGGUGAACAGGUAGAGAGGGAGACAGAGUCCUUGGAGAAAGCACAGCUGUCAGAAAUCCAAUGCCGAGGCCUGCGCCGAUGCCAGACGCUCUCUCUCUGUCUCACAUUUUGUUAGAUCUCUAGCUGAGCUCUGGCCCAGUGUUUGAGAGUAUCCGUUUGCAAGCUCUCCAUCCUUUGCCACCUGACCCGGCUUGAAAGCCACGCAGGCAUGUGCAUUUGGCCUGUGCGUGCGCACAUAGGUGUGAUCAGCGACAAUAAGAGACAGACAAUUCCAAGAUUAAUAGGUGCCUACAAAGAGACGAAAGGAAGGGGAGCGUUGCAGACUGAAAGGAAGGAGGAUUCAGGAACGAGUCUGGACGUGAGUUUGGUGUCCCUGUCACCUGGUUGGAAUGCAGAGCUCCUCAUUUAGAAGGCUGUGUGAUAAGAUCAGGAGCAGACACACAGGAUUUCCUGCCUACUGCCAUACUGUCACCACUGAUCACCACUUUAUGAGACGUACAGUCCUGUUCUUAUCCUCCGCUAACACGUACAGACUGUUUAACCUUUUUAAAGAUACCUGCUUUAUGUUUUUAUGAUUAUUAGCACUUUUGUUUUCUGGGACGGGGCGUUCCGUUGGGUGUAUAAUGAAGUGUUACAUUUUUGGUUGUAUGGUUUUUAUCAACAUGGCAAAGAAGAAAAGAUGUGGUUACACACAUCGGAUAACUCUUCCGGAAGGUUUGUUAAUGCUUCAGAAGGAUCGUAGGUUUUGAAUUCCCAUGACUCAUUGCUCUGGUCGGUCCUAAAGAGAGGCGGAUGUAAAGCGGCAGCUCAGCAGUGUAAUUCUAUACACGCUGGAAGCUGUGUCCUCAUUUAGUUAAUCUGUGCAUUAGCAUAGAAGUCGGCUGCCAUACACAGGCAGUCAUGGCUCUUUCUUGCCAGCAGGACAUGGGGAGGUGGGCAAACCCCCCCGCAACCAGGAAGUCCAUGGACUUGUGUGAGUCAGCUUGAGAGGCUGAGAUUUUAAAAAAUAAAAUAAAAGCAGAGGUGGCGUGAGACUUAAAGGACGGUUGAAGAAGGUGCACUCAUGUGACACCUCGUGUCAAAUGUCUUCAGGGUGUUGGUGGAGGAUAUUUCUGAUACAAUUAAACCGUUAGACAUGCGAUUCAAUUAGGUAAGAUGUCUCACUUAAGCCAGUGAGCUGUUCCUGUGCGUGAAUCGCCUCUGAGAGUUUGAUACAACACAUAAAAUGCGGGGGUACGUCUUUGAUAUUGUGAAAGAUUAAAGGCAGGGUUAAAUGCUUGCAGUGCGCUAUAUUUAAGAUAGACACUUCCUUCCAGCGUCAGAGUCUUCAUACAGGUUUGCAUAAAAAUAGAGGAAAUGGUUUUAUUUAUAGAAAUGUUCUUGAUUUUUAUCUUUGGUCCUUAAAAUAAUCUAUUUAUAUUUCCAGUCUCACAGAGAAGGAGAAAUGCAGCGUCAGGACUACAAAAUAUGAUUACUGCAAUAACGUGAAAGCUAAUUACCAACCGUUGGGGGUGGAGACGUUUUUUUCAACUUUUUUAUUUUUCAGUUUAAUAUUUUUUGCUUCUAUAACAAUGUACCCGCACACUUUAAUGUUGGACCCGAGAGAAAGAUUACACGUCACCACUAUAACGUGACCGAGCAUCAACUGCAUAGUUACAGCACCGUGAAUUUAAAGCUUUUUGCAAUAAAGAGAAAUUUCUGAAAGCCUGACAGAGAUUUGCUUCUGAGCGUCAGUCGUCUCUGUCCGAUUGUUAAUAUGAACUUUUAUGCAGCUCUCUGUGCACAUUUUUAGCCUUAACAACGCUUCAGCGGUAUGUGUGCGUAGUUAGCCGUGUGACUGCAGACCGGUGAUUUAAGGGGUGUUGUUGCAGUGAUACGCUCACUGAAUGAGACUUGGCUUUUUGGUAAAGAGAGUUUGAAUGAGAUUAUAGGCCUCUGCUGUCCUCUUCUUUCAUUCACAAAUUAGCUGCCUGCAAAACAUAUUCAUCAAGAAUUUCACUGUGAUGAUAUAGGACGACUCCUGUAGGCAGAAGUCUAACACACUUGUGAACAUGUUUGAAUAUCCCUGGAAUAAAAGAUACAACGAAAAUGGACAAAAGGGAGGCUGUGCUUCCAUCUCAUCUACCUGUCAUGAAAAAAGUCUACAUUCAAGCUUAAGUUGGUGGUGGAGUAGGGUUAUUGCUGUUGUGAAAGCUGUGGGCAAAGUAGAGGUCAGAAGGCCUGUCUUAAAGGGACCUCACGCCCUUAUGGAUACUGUCUAAUUAGCAGAAUUGAGCGAUGCUGUCGGUGAUCCCGGUGCGACCGUGUCGUCCUGCUGGGCCUUUUUUAAACACGACCAGAUUGAUUGGCGAGCCCUUUUUAUUCCUCUGUCGUGAAAUAAACCCAUUGUCCUCCUGCCCAGCUUCACAGAAGCACCCUGCUGAGCUUAUUUAGAACGCAUGCUUGAUCUAAUUCGUUCCUAUACAACAGCAAGUUAAAGAAAUUGGACUGUUAAAUGAAUGCGAUUGAAGUCAUUUUCUCACUGCAGACAGCCAGUUUCGCCUGUUCUGGUGAAGCUGGUGCGCUCUGUGUUUAUUUCCCCAGUCAUGUUUGGAAAAAAGCUACCAGAUCUAUUCCUGAAAGGAGAAGUUUUUUCAUUUCUUUCUUCACUGGCAAAGCGAUAAUAACAUCAUAUUUAUUCCAUUAAAAUGAAAGCAUCUGCACAGUUACACAAUCUUUUUGUUUGAUAUCUCCAAGGAGAGCCACGGUCCCACAGAGAGAUUAGAUGAUGCACUUUUUGUUGCGCAACAUCCGUUUCAUGGUCCUAGCUGUGAGUCAUCCAUUAGUUUACAAGCAGAAUUCACUGCCACUGCAUCCUUGUAGAAAACAAACCAAAAUAAGAUAAUAGCGGAAGUAAAUGUCAAAUGUUUGGCUCAUGAGCAUGUUUGUUCAUAUUUUUUAAUAAAGUGAUAAACUCCAAGUUUAUUAAUCUCUUUAAAUUCUCCUUGUUUCUGUUUAGAUUCGAGUCAUUUCUGUAACCACAUAUCUGUCAUCAGACAUCAGCCGAUGGGGUUCUCAGACUCAUAAUUAUCGUGGAUUAAGCUGAUCCCUGUUUUUGCAUCUAGCCGCUCGGGAUCUUGUUAACCCUUUAACCUUAAUGACUGUUUGAGAGGGGAAAAGAUUACACUGUUAAAGUGAAGACUUCAGCGAGUUUCGGGAGCGAAAAUAAAUGCAGCGUUGUCAGUGUCUCGUUUUUGACGUAUCUGCUUUUUUUCAUUUGAGGUAACACGAGGCAGCGAGUCGCACUACAAAGUAGACAUUGUUAACAUCAAGGCUAUUAUUUAUUUCUGCAUCAUGAGACUAACUAAAUGUUGGUCUGAGAUCUUUAGGUCUUUGGUUUUUGCACCACAGGAUUUUUUUGUGUGGUUCCAGAAGUUAAAAAAAAAAAGGUUACCCAACAUUGAGAAAGCAUAAGAGGCCCCUUUUCCCUAUGUGUGGAGCAGUCGGCCAAGAGGCCCCACAUUCCCCUCAGAAAGCGCUAUUGCAGACCUAUGUGUCCUCCGGCCACCAGAUGGCACCCCCCAGUCCCAACACCAACAGUAGUAGCAACAGCAGUGGCGGUGGAGGGGAACAGCUGAGCAAAACCAAUCUGUAUAUUCGCGGCCUCCAUCCGGGGACCACGGACCAAGAUCUGGUCAAGCUCUGCCAACCGUAUGGCAAAAUUGUGUCGACCAAGGCCAUCUUGGACAAAACUACCAACAAAUGUAAAGGCUAUGGCUUUGUGGAUUUCGACAGUCCAGCAGCAGCACAGAAAGCUGUUACAGCUCUGAAAUCCACUGGGGUCCAGGCUCAGAUGGCUAAGCAACAGGAGCAGGACCCCACCAACCUCUACAUCUCCAACCUGCCCGUGUCUAUGGAUGAGCAAGAGCUGGAGAGCAUGCUCAAGUCUUUUGGCCAGGUCAUUUCCACCCGCAUCCUCCGAGAUGCUAAUGGGACCAGCCGCGGCGUCGGAUUUGCCAGGAUGGAAUCCACGGAGAAGUGCGAGGCCAUAAUUCAGCAUUUCAAUGGCAAAUUCAUCAAGACUCCACCAGGAAUACCCGUGCCCACAGAGCCCUUAUUAUGUAAGUUUGCAGACGGAGGUCAGAAGAAGAGGCAGAACCAGAGCAAAUAUCUUCAAAAUGGAAGACCUUGGGCUAGAGACGGAGAUACGGGAGGAAUGACGCUUGCGUAUGACCCCACAGCCUUACAAAAUGGCUUCUACUCCUCACCUUACAGUCUGGCUCCAAAUCGAAUGAUUGCUCAGACUUCCCUCUCUCCCUACAUGCAUUCUCCUGUCUCAUCAUACCAGGUACACAACCCGUCCUGGAUGCACCAUCAGUCAUACCUCAUGCAGCCAGCUGGUACAGUUAUUACCCCAACAAUGGAACAUGCCAUGUCCAUCCAGCCCACAUCCAUGAUGGGACCUCUCACCCAGCAACUAAGCCACCUGUCUCUGGGCAGCACAGGCACAUAUAUUCCGGCCAAUACAACUAUGCAGGGGACCUACAUCCCCCAGUACACCCCAGUGCCUCCUUCCAGCGUCCCAGUAGAGGAAAACGGUGGCCAGCAGCAGCAGGUUGCAAUGGAGACUCCUACAGAACACACAAACUACUCAUACCAACACACCAAGUAAAGCUAAGCUCCCGGCAGGGUGGGGCCGAGGCUGCGAAAUGAAUCCAACCGAACAGGAUUCAGCUGGAAGAGAUCUGUGCUCCACACCAUCACCAAGCAACCCGACUUGAACAUGGAUGACAAAAGGAACACGUGUAUGCCUGUGAGUGUGUUUGUUUGUGUGCGUGCGUGUGUGUGUUUGUCUGUUGUUUGUCUAUUUCUGUGUUUUUUGUUUUGUUCUUUUUUGGGGGGGGUUUAAAGAAAAAGGACAACACUUAACAUCAUCAGACUUUUCAGCUCACAUCCUCAAGAGCUGAUCAACCAAAGGUGGGAAUCUUCUUCAAGAGAAGCUUUGAUCUAUUUUGAUAACUGAAAAAAAAGGAACGUAACAAAAAAAGAGGGUUUAAAAAACUCUUUGAGAAAAAAAAAAAUUAAAAGAGGAGGAAAAGACAGAGCAUUAUUUUUGUGUACGUAAUAUAGCAAAUUCUUAUUUUUAACUGAGCAUUCUGGAUGUUUCAGAGUGAUUCAAGGAAGAGUUGAAACACAAUGUGUCUUUUUGAUUUUUUAUUUAGGUUUUUUUGUAAAAUAUGCAAAGGUUUAUUUUUAUUUCCUGAUGUCUGUUGUUGUUUGACAUUCUAUUUGCAGCAGCGGGACGGGUUGGGGUGUGCGGGGUUCGGGGGGGCGGGGAGGGGGGCAAUUUGUACAGAUUUUAAAAAAAGCAAAAAAAAACUUACAAACACUUCCGCUGGUCUGGUGUGUCGAGUCGCUCUGACUGUGGGAGGCAAACCGUUUAAAGCUACUUCUUCCUGUAACUGCUGCAGAGAUUUCUCAUCACGCACAGAUGAUGACAAACAUCGACUGUUUAUAGUUUAGUCAAAUUAAUUCUUCUCUUUCUUGUUUUUUCGUUUAACUUUAAAUCAUUCUUUCUUAAGAGAACAAAAGACAAUCAAUUAUUUAUAUUUAUAUUUGAAUUAUAGUUCUAUUUUUUAGAGGUUUUAGAUCAGCGAGGCAUACGUUUAUACAAAAGGAGUUAUUUAAUACUGUAGUCAAUGAAAACAUGAAAGAGCUCCCCCCCCCCCUAGCUGAGCUCCAGUGUUUGGCUCAUGAAUUUAAUUUUUAAUUAUUUUUUUAUGAUUGGAUCACUCUCAGUCCACAUAUGCUUACAAAAAAAACCUGCACCUACUGUUAAUAGUUAAUACUUUACUACAUCCUCGUCCAUGAGAAGUGGUUUUAAGCGGUUUUGUGGUGGCGAACCAUCAGGUAUCAUUGAAUUCAUCCUCUGCCUGAAGUGGUGACGUGUGCACGCAUUACAAAGGAGAGAUUAUGUGAAAACAAAGAGCAAAUGCAGUGACUAAAUUAAGACGUAGCUUAGUGAAAGCAAUGAGGGAUAUCGAAUGGAAGACUAACAAAAUCCCUGAGAAUAAUUAGUUUGAGAGGAAAGGGAGCUGUAAGUCUUUUUUUUUUUUUUUUU